AGACACUGUGGUGAUCACUCUCGGUGUCAGACCGUAACAGCAACGGAAGGAAAGAAUCGUUAUUUCAGCCAGGGUGCACCUGCUGAAAACCAUCCAGCUCGCGGACAUACGGAACCGCACUACCACCACGAUCUCAGCCGACCAACCAUGGAGCAUAGUUUUUUACCUCGUUCCCUGUGGACCAGUGAGGGUAAAUUUCUCCACCAUCACGCAACAGAUCUCUAUACAAGCGUGCACGUCACGCGUGACAUCCCGGCCGGGGCACAGUUCGGCCCUUGCGUACUUCAGAACACUUUCUAUGACACCAUCGCCUUCAUAGCGCUCAAAUCCAGUGAAAAGAGAAGCAAAUCAUAUGUUUUCAGGUUGGACCCAGAGGCAAUGCGCAGCUCUGCUCUCGUGCUCUCCUGGCUGCGGCUGGUGCAGGCGGCGCGUGGCCGGGAGGAGCAGAACACAGAAGCGUUCCUGAAGGGAGGCCAGCUGUAUUUCCGGACCACCAGGGACAUACGUCAGGAAGAGGAACUGUUGGUCUGGUAUGACCAGGAGCUGUCACAUCUACUAGGCUUUACUGACAUCUCAACAAGAGGACGUAAUGACGAGUUCACAUGCGCCAAAUGUAACCUGGUCUUCGAGAAUGAGCAUCCCUACUUGGCACACUGCCGCUUCCUGUGCGCGCAGGUGAAGAAUGACGCGCAGAGCAGAGAGGCCUACGAACACAAACACAUGGAGAUAAAGCGGCAACACCGCAUCACAGACUUCCACAACAUCGCGAGGGAUCUGGAACAUAAACGUCCUGGCAUCAACGAGGACGCAGAGAUUUCCACGCGUAAAAGGAAACACGAGGAGACGGAUUACCCCAGAUGGAGGAAACCGGUGUUACUGGAAAAAAACAAUAUUUCGAACGACAAUAACAUCACACAGAUAACUAGGGACUACCACACCAUAGCGCCAGAAUCAACUGGUUCUGCAUUAAAACCGAAGACGGAGAAGUAUCCGUUCAAAAAGGACCACGUGGAAUGUACAAAAAGUGCGUUUACAGAAGUUGGUGCACCGAAAAAUAGUUUAAAGCACGAGAAAGAAAAACCAACGGAGGCUGAAUCAGAGACAGUGAGGAAGAUGGGCUGUGGUUUAAACUCAAACACCACAAAAAGUGCGUUUUCAUUCGUUCUGCGCAGUGGACAAGAGGAACAGAAAAGUGCUUUCUGUAAACCUAGUAAAAUAACUUCUAACGGUUCUAUAGUGCACUCAUCCAACAUGUUACGUUCCCCAUCAAACAGCAUAGAGAACGCGAGGGACGUUUUCACCUCAAAAACUGUUCUAGGAUACAACAAUUUGUUGACAUCGAAUAUGUUGAAUGGUGAUUUAACAGGCGCACAGACAAUAGCUACCACGGUUACUGCCAACACGUUUCCCUAUGCACCGGAGCAAUGGUCAAGGAACAUUGGAGCGCAACUGCAAUCCACGUCGUCUCUAACGAUUCUUCCUCCAACGUUUACCUCAUUUGGGGUAUCUGUUCAGAACUGGUGUGCCAAGUGUAACCUCUCCUUCCGCAUGACAUCUGACCUAGUGUUCCACAUGCGCUCGCACCACAAAAAGGAGUUCGCGGCCGAGUCCCACGUGAGGAGGAGGCGAGAGGAAAAACUCACCUGCCCUAUAUGUCAAGAGUUCUUCCGGGAACGGCACCACCUGUCACGCCACAUGACGUCUCACAAUUAAAGCCUGUUGGAUUUAAGAAAAAAAAGUGUUUUUAAAUUAAACUAUAUUGAAAAUUCCGUAUUUAAUCACAAGAAUAGACCAGACUAUUUAAAUUAAUUAAACAUGACAAUUUAAAGUAAUUAAAAACAGAAUGUAAGGCGGUCCACUUGUGCUUAUCGAUCAUUAAUCAUUAGGGAGCUCUUGCGCGCGUGUAGGUGACCUUUUUGGAUUGCUCGCUAUGUUUCCACUAGAUGGUCACAAAAUACGAAAUAAAAAGGCUUACAUUACAGGAGAAUUAUCUGCUUAGUGGGUGAUCGUAUGUCUUCACUGUGCCUUAUGAAACUCAGGGUGGGACUGGAGAGAGAGAGAGAGAGAGACAGCGCGAGAGAGAGAGAAGCGUAUAUGUCUCAUAGCCGGAGUUCUUGCUAUAUACCUUUGAUUGUUAUAAACAUGUUAGCGAUGUCUGUUACGCAUUGUUUGACUUGCCAUACAGUAUUACCAGAGAUUGUACAGAGAUGUGUAGAUUAAUUUAUCUGUUUUGAAUGAAAAACAUAAAAGUCAAAAUUUAACUUAUCGUCUUUCUUUUUUCCCCCCAUAAAGAUAAUUUGUGUAAAAUAUAUCUAGUAUUGUGUGACCUAUCACUGGCAUCAACCAUAGCCCUACAGUAAGUGACCCUACAUACACAAUCUGAAAAUAGACACCUGUCCCCUAAUAAUGAUACUAAAUUAUAUAUAUUGUUACUGCCAUAAUUUGGAGAACCAUAUUUAAGAUGUCUAAUGAAGAUUAUGUCUUAACCCUUUUAACACCAACAGGUGGCAUCAGUCACCAACUUUCCUCCAGCAACUGUUGUCUUAGUUAGUCAGUCCCAUAUUCACCAUGUUUAAAAGGUUUAACGUAUCUUCAAUCAGGCCAGUUGGGGUUAGUGCAAAAUCAACAAUAGAAAUCAUGGUAUUUAUAGGUGUUGAAAAAAAACAUCCGGCAUGGGCAUUCACUUGCAAUAGUCUGAAUCUUGUCUUUACCACUCAUUAAGUUUAUAAACCAGAAUUUAAAUACUGACUGCCUGAACUGAUGGUGAUCAAUCACUUAAUCUGCUUUUUAGCUCAAUUUAUAUUGAUAAAGGUUCACUUCAGUCACAUUAUCAUCCACUGAAAUUUUCCAAGCUCCUCCAAAGACAAAACAUUAUCAAAAUGUGACCUCAACCUGUCUCAGACAUACAGUAUCACCAACUAUCACAAUACCAUUCAAAAUGAGGUUCAGGAGUGCAGCUGGUGAUUUGGGGAGGAGGAUGCACUGCCGUCUUCAGCAUGAAAUAAUCAGUUCUCAUCUAUUUUGGCUUUGAAAGCAAUGACGGGUUGUGAUUUCUCACCUGAACUUGGAUUUCAGAUGAAUGAUCUUGUGACCAUAGUGUGUUCAAAGUUCAUAAAGAAGACUGAUCCCUUUAGGAUAUUGGCGACACCUCCUUUCGGAAUAGGUCAACAUAAUAGAACAGUUUAGGCAGACUUUAGGCGUUGAACAUGAAGCGUUGGAAUCCAUUUACAAGGUUUUGGCUGCCAGUGAUUACUUCCACAAAAGACAGAAUUUUAUUUCAUUACAGUGACCUGAGUUACAAUGCCUAAUGUCUACACUCUAUUACAACCCCAUGUCUAAAAAAGUUGGGACGCUGCAUAAAAUGUAAAUAAAAACAGAAUG